CACGUCCACUAUCGGUAGGUACCUAUGUAUAAAGUUAGACCCACUCUAGCCCUUAUCCGAACCCACACUGGGGAAAUCCGAGUCCAUUAUCUUUUCGCAAAAUAUCGCCAACUUUUUUUUUAUUUUUUUGAUUGAUUGAUUCCCCUCUACAAAAAAAACCACAACACCAAAGGUCGCCUUCAUCACUUUGCCGAAACGUCAUACCGUUCGAGUCGUGAGGGCAAAUUCCUAGCGCCAACCAACCGCAGCAAAUACGCAAAUCCCUUCCCUUUGACGAAGAACAGACAACACCCAACGCCGAGAUGUCGUACAACAAGCCCGAGAAGGACUACGCCGGCGAGCAGGCCAAGACCCACAAGAUCCGCAUCACCCUCAGCUCCCGCAAGGUCGCCGCGCUCGAGAAGGUAUGCAGCGAGCUCAUCGAGCGCUCCAAGAGCAAGGACCUCCGCGUCAAGGGCCCCGUCCGCCUUCCCACCAAGACCCUCAAGGUCACCACCCGAAAGACUCCCUGUGGUGAGGGUUCCAAGACCUGGGACUGCUACGAGCUGCGCAUCCACAAGCGCCUGAUUGAUCUGAACGCUCCCACCGAGACCGUCAAGCAGAUCAUCGUUAACAUUGAGGCCGGUGUCGAAGUCGAAGUUACCAUUGCUGCUUAAAGCAGGAUGCGGAAAUGAGAAAAGGCAAAACGGCGGAUGGGUAUCGGAAGGAUUACUUAGACUCAAAGAUACCCGUGUUAUUUCAGCUGCGUUCUAGAGAUGGCCUGCAACUACACAUGCCUGCGGGAACUACGCUGCAGCAUAAUCCAAGCCUAAGCCAAUUUACGAGACCAAUAUUCUAACUGAUC